AUGACCGAAGCAGCAGCAUCAUCCUCACAAUCAGCUACCAAAACUACCUAUGGUGUACCUAAGCCAAAACCUGCGUACUACCCUCAUCCAGGUUCCCCACUUUAUGCUGACAAAGAAUUAUACACCAAGAUCGCCGAUGCUUCAAAGACUCUUUUAGAAACUCACACAUGUGAGCCAAGGUCGGCUAUUGCAGUGAAGAUCCCAAUGGGUAGUGUUUUCCGUAUUACCACUCCAAAAGGUCCUCAAGUCUGUGAUUUAAAUAUUUGGAACUUACAUAAUCCUCGAGAACGUUUUUGGGCUGCAAGAACCAGACAGUUGCAUUCUGCCCAUGUAUCUACAUUUGACCGUUUAUGGUCGAAUCUUCCAUAUUUGAGACCUUUGGUAACCAUUACCGCCGAUACUUUACUGGCUCGUCAUGACGAAUGGGGUGGAAGAGUCCAUGACACAUUGGGAACUAGAUGUGACCCAUAUGUGGAUAAGUUGAUUUCAGGAGAAGAUAAUGAUUUACAUUGUCAUUCCAACUUGACUCGUGCUGUCAUGCCUUAUGGUUUGACCGAAUUUGAUGUCCAUGAUGUCUUAAAUGUGUUCCAAGUGACUGGAUUAAAUGAACACGAUCAAUAUUUUAUGGAAGCUUGUCCAGCAACCACUGAAGAUUAUUUCGAAUUAUUCGCCGAACAAGAUCUUUUGGUUGCCAUUAGUGCCUGUCCAGGUGGAGAUUUGUCACAAUGGGGGUGGGGAGAAAGUGAAGGUGAUGACCUGAAAAUGAUCGACUGUUGUAGACCAUUGGCCAUUGAAGUGUACAAUCUCGAUGACAAGGAUGAAGUAUUGAAGAACUGGACGGCUCCAAAGGUUGUUGAUUACAAAGGUAACCAUGGGUUGAAAGGACCUGCAAAAUAG